GCACGCCGCGCAUACGCGUCAAUACACUCGGUGUGCGCACAGUAUCUCGCGGACGCGCCGGACGUGGAUUUAUGCCGACGAGCGGCCGAAGACGUUGACUUUUUCGACAGUAUAUACACCUACCUUUAAACACACGUACCUCGACUACUAUAUACCGAACGUCCGUACCGCCGUCGAACUACUCGUACGUUUUUGGCGUUUUUAUUUUUAUUUUUAUUUUUUUUUUUUGUUUUCGGUGCGAUCGCAAUUAUUAUAACUGUCGAAGUUUUUCCACGAUAAUAUCAAUUUGUAUUUUUUGUUUACUACUGUUCAUAUAUUGUAAUACUAUUCGAGUGCGGUGGUGAAGUGCGACAUAAUAUUAUAUUAUACGAGUGUGUCUUGUAAUCCAGCAGUGCGACCGUCUUCGGCUGACUUGUAUACUCGGCGAAUAUAUUAUACUCCUACCGCGAUUGUUUACGAAAAGCCCACUCGAUUACUUUUGAUUGCUGUAACAGUAAGCUCGAUUAUUUUAGACUUAAAACAUACAUACGCUGUAGUGUCAUAUAAAAUACAUGGUGUUCCAAACGUCUGCGAGCUUAUAAAAAGCACAACUUUUAUCUUUGCACACUAUUCCUAUAUACUCGAUAAUGAUUUGUAAUUUUCUUUGUUCGGAAUUUCCGACUCCAGAAGUUUGGAACACGUUGUAUGUUUAUUUUUAAUUAGUAAAAUGUCCCUCGGGAAUUAUCACUUCCCCGUAUGCUUUCAACUUCCUUGCGAUAGUUCCCUUUUUGUAUCCUUAUUUUAUGGUCAAUUCACACGUAGGUUCCACGAAAAAUCCGAGGCCGAUUUUUUCUGUCUUUUCAGGUGAACAAAUUCGAACAUUUUUUUUUUUUUUUAAUUAUGAUCUGUAAACAAAUAUGACCUUGUGAAAAAUAGCUAUUGUUUUUUAUAAUUUUUCUCGGGGUGAAUGACCGUCGACGAGGACUCGCCCUUUAAUGAUCAACAGGGCAAAAAUCAACUUCUGUCACAAUUAUUUCUGUCGAUCCGCCGCAUCAGUGGACCAACAGCAUCAGCGCCAAGUACGGUGCAAUAUUAGAGACAAUUACACAUUACGUCGCCGACGACUAAAACUGCCAUAGCCGAUACCCAACAGCCGUGGUAUUAUGAGAUUUUCGUGCGUGUCGGUGUUUCAUCGGUCGAGAUGAAAUCGUCCGACGACGACAAGCACUGCGUCGGUCCUCGCAAACGACAAAUUCCAACUGAUUCUUGGAAGAGUGCUGGAUGAUAGUACCUGUCGGGGCGGCGAAUCAAUAGAACCACCCCAACUGGAUCCCGAGUGGCUGAGGGCGGAGACAAGCGGCGACCCCGUUAUGCGGCUGUCCAACGGCAGCGAAGCGACUACCGACUCAAUGGUUGAAAUGUUGCAAUUCAACGAGCACUUCCUCGACGAGGACGGCACCAAAUUCAUGUUGAAUCCCGCCGAGCUAGAAGACCUGCUGGGACGCGAUCAGUACGCCGCCGACGGUUCACCGAUCGCAGUGUCAGUGCAACAACAACAGCAGCAGCAACACCUCCACGGCGGUCAUCACCACCACGGCCAUCACCAUCAACAGCCGAACGGCGUCGAUCAGCCCAACACCAAGCCGACCGCGAAUUUCGCCGACCUCAAGCCGCUGAUGCCGUUCCACACGAUCACGGAGCGCGUCAACAUCAACGGCAUACCCGGCCACCACUACCAGUCGAUCGCGUCCAACAACCGGGUGGCCGAGAACAACAACAACACGGCCACGGCCAACAACAACAUGUACUACCAAAACGAAUACCUGGUGACGUCGUCCACGAACGCGGGACUGACCAAGUUCAAGGAGGAGGACACGUUCGUCGACAAUCAGUUCGACGAGUUCGAAAUGCUGAUGGGCAGCCCGUCGUUCGGGCCCGACACAACGGUGACGGCCAGCGGCGACCACCCGGCCGUGGACGGUCCCGACGAGUGGCUGAGCGGCGUGGGCGACGACUGGACGUCGUACGAACACCCGAACGGUUCGCCGCAGGACAACAAGUCCGGCAUACUGUCGGACGUCACCAUACACGACCUGGUGGCCAGUUCCCAGUUUCCGGGCAUGACCAACGGAAGUGCCGGCGGUGGCGGACCGGGAAACUAUCACCAGCAGCCGCCGUCGUCCAUGCAGAAACCGCUGUACCAGCAGCAACAGCAACAGCAGCAGCAGCAGCAGCAGCAGCAACAGCAACAGCAGCCCCGCGAACUGGUCACGUCCAACGUGCCGCCGCCCGCGCCCCGUCCGGCCGCCGCCGCGUUCAUGCCGCUGCUCCAGAGCCGUCUGCAGAACGGGCCGGCCAACAAGGCGCCGCUCCAGGACGCCGGCAGCUAUCACAUGGACUGCGCGUCGUCGCCGUCGUCGUCCACCCCGUCGUACCUGGCGCACAGCCCGACCAGUCACGUGGUCAGCACCACCGACCUGGGCGGUUACAUGCCGUCCGCGGCCGCGGCCGCCGCUGCCGCCGCCGCAGCCGCAGCCGCCGCGUCCGUCCACAGUUCGCGGCCGUCACCGGAAUUCGCGCACACCACCACGCCCGGCCAGGGGCCGCACAUGACCGCCAAAAAGUCGCGGAACAGGAGCGGCAAGUCCAAGGGCAGCGGCGGAGGCGGUGGAGGUGGCGGCGGCGGCGGCGGUGGCGGAGUCACCGCCCGGAGCACCGUGGUAUACUGUUCGGACGGAAACGUGGCCAGGGAACGGACCGUGCACAACUGUCACAUAUGCAACCGCGGGUUCCUGAACAAGAGCAACAUCAAGGUUCACCUGCGCACGCACACGGGCGAAAAACCGUUCCGGUGCGAGGUGUGCCAGAAAGCGUUCCGGCAGAAGGCCCAUCUCAUCAAGCACGCACAGAUCCACAAGCGCAGCGGCCGGGAUUGAGCCCGUCCGGCCUGUCCUGCGCCGGGACCGCAUCAGGUACCGACACUGACUAAACAAUAUAAUAUACGUUUACGACGACGCGAUUACUAUAUUAUUUAAAAUACGAUGACGAUAAUAAUAUAACAAUAUAAAGUGUCCUUAUCACUCGGCGUACUUUUACGUAAAUGUCGCGAAACGUAUAUAGUCACGUUUAAUAAAAUGCAUUUUGACCAAAGACUAUGAACGAUUCGAUUUAAUAAUAUUUCGGAUUUAUUAUUAUUGUUAUUAUUUUAAUCGCGUCCUCGGCAGCGUACGAUGGUUUUUCGACAGUAUAGCGUAUAUUAUGCCAAGUCAUUUUAUUUGACGUAGGUACCUAUAUUUAUACUAUGUACGUUUAGGUUUGAAUCUCAACGAGAUCGUGUCUGUCGAAAUGGUAGAAAACCUCUACAUAGACCUGAUAAUAAUAUUAUGAUCGUGUUUGUGUAUAAGACGAAGAACGCGGGCAACGGUUUAGUUUUUAAAAAAAGUACAAAAUGUAAUUUGUUCGUGAAUUAUUGUAUAUUAAUUCGUCUUUAUUUUUAUUUUUAUUCGUAUCACAUCAUUAUUAUUACGUCUUGUAUUUGAUAUUAUCAUAAUUAUUAUUUUAUUAUUAUUAAUUAUUAUUAAUACGAAUUAUGAUUAUUAUUACUAUUUUUAUUGUUAUAACUUGUAAGUAUUUUACAUGCGUGGAUCGCGUUACUGCACGUUCAUGCGAUUAAUUUAUAUAUAUAUAUUAUUGUUUUGUUUGUUUGUUAUUUAUUCGGUGUUCUCUGCCGCUAUCACAAAAUACUAUAAUUGUUUUGGAAAAACUUUAUAUUAACUUCAAACAUGGUUUUUUCGUUCUCUUUACUAAUUUAUUUUUCGUGUCGAUCGCAGAGAACACCUAUAUAUAUAUUAUGUAAUGUAGUGUAGGUAUUGAUGUUAAUUUUAGUGUCGAGUAGUCUUUUAUAUAUAUAUAUAUUCACUUGCAAUUUGUUGUUUUUACGAAUCACUUUACUACUUGUGCUAUUGUACAUAUGUAAGUUAUUAUAUAAUUAUUAAUUAUUUAUCAAUGGGCGUAGUUAAAGAUCGAAUUUGGAAUCGUACUUAAUUGUUACGAUUUCUGUGUAUGUGUUUUUUAUACAUACGUUCUGAAUUUUAAACGACCCUAUUUUGUUUUGUACUUAUUUAUUUGUGUUUAAUUUAUUUAGUUUAUUUUUUUAUUCGUCAAUUUUUUGUAACACCUGUAUACCUAUAUAUAUAUAUUAUAAUAUCUCAAUAGUCGUUAAUAAUUGCUGUAAUGGUUUUAAGGUUAAAAUUGCAUAUUUAUCGUUUUAUCUUUCUAUUGUUAGACCUACCGGUAUACCUACAUGAUUUGUUUUUAUACCUACAAUAAAUAAACACUAAGGAUUAAUUGUCAACAGUGUAUUAUAAUAUAAUAACUCGAUAUUAUUGUUUUUAAUAAUUGAUCAUUUUUUUGGAAAGGUGUAUCAGUCUUCCGAUUCUUAUAGCUAUGUUUGUGUGUGUUAUUAAGAAAUACAGAAAUCCGUUGUAAUAUAUAAAAUAUAUAUAUUUAUGAAAAUA